AUGCAAGUAGAUGAAUUUCCAGCUAUAGAUCCAAAUGAAGAUCUUACAAAGAUAUUGCCUAUACAACAGAAACGUACCGUAGCCUUUAUAAACCAUUUUAUAAUGGACACUGUGUCCCAUCUGAACUCUUUUGCCCAAAGUUGUGAAUCAAGGUUCAUGGAAUUUGAAUACAAAAUGCAGAAGAUUGAAGCUUCCCUGCUUAUACUAGAGUCACAACUCUCAUCAAUACCAGGCUUGGAUAAUAUUAAAAUUGAGGAUGACCCAAUUGCAAUUGAUAUACCAGAUGAAACCAUUAAAUUAGAUCUGCCUGAAGUGGAAACAAGAGAUGACUCUCCUGUUGGGGAUCAUAGAGAGUCCACCCAGCCUGUCAUUGUGGAACAGCAUGGGGUCAAGGCCAAAGAGGAUCCUAGGUUCAAAAAGUUUUUCAAAAUGCUGCAGUUUGGAGUGCCUGCACCUGCAGUGAGACUGAAGAUGCAAAAUGAAGGUGCUGAUCCUGAGAUAUUAGAUAAUCCAGAUGAUGUGAUACCAGGGUUAACAGAAGAAAUGUUGAAAAAUGAAUCAGAGUAA